CCAAAAGUAUGCCGGGUUUUUGUGUCAAGUUUUCUUCUUUUUGAGAGCAAUAAGAAAUAGUUAAAAGCUCGGCAGAUGUAUUGGUACAUAAAUUGUACGUGAGAGAUACACUUUUGGAAGCCGAUGAAAUAUAUUGCACAAGUAAUAUUGAUCAAAACAAGGAACAUAGUUUUAUUAUAUCUCUGCGAAUCAUGACUGCUUCGCGGCUUUUCGUUCUCGAAGAUAUGUUCAAGUUUAACCACAUUGUGAUGGACCCCUUGGUGGAAGUGUACUCCUUGCCGUUCCUAAUUCCCAAGAUUCUGGAGUCGCCCGAACUGGUUAUUGCGGCCGAUGCUCCUGGCGACCGUCUCAUCGGCUUCAUCCUGGGAACACGCGUCGAGGAUGCGACUGAAUUUCUAAGAGACGGAAAGCAUAUGAGCUGGAGUCAUGGACACAUCUCUGCCCUGGCUGUGGCCCAUGAUUAUCGAAAACAGGGCUUGGCCACUCGGCUCCUAGCAACUGUUAAGGAUUUGAUGGAUCGUCAGAGGGGCUUUUAUGUAGAUCUAUUUGUGCGGGAGAAGAAUACAAAUGCCAUUGGGCUCUACGAGUCCCUGGGCUAUGUGAAAUAUCGCUGGAUGCCUCAGUUUUAUGCCGACGAUCAUGGAUAUGAAAUGCGACUGCCCCUGUCCCGCGAUGUGGAUAGGAAGUCUUUAGAGGGAAUUAUGAUUAACAAAUUCUUCAGCUUCGGCAGUAAGCUGUACUACCUGCUGAUGCUGUACAUAUUCGGAAUUGCCAGUAUAAUUAUUGGUGGCAAAAUGGUGGAGUAGGCAAUGGUAGCUGCACAAAACUAUUAAACUGUAUCAAAAUAUAUACAUUAAACCAUUUAGGAAACAUCCAGAAAAAGUUCAUUGCACUCGCCUGCCAUCAUUCAACUAAAAGUUUGACCAAAUCGCUGGAAGUAAAAAAUGAAGACCAGAGAAUGUAUGUCAGAAAGCAUAUGGAAACAAGAUUUGUUUAUAUGACAACAUUGAACCAGAAUUUUCAAAUGCUGUGCGUUUCAAGUUGCGCAAAAUGGCAAAUUGUGAAAAUCAUUGCGCGUGUUUCAGACACAUGCCCCAGCCAGACUACACUUUAUAUUUAAAUAUAUACAUUUUCUAAUUUGUUUGCUUUUGAGAAAUGUAGCUAAUAAAAAAGACAACAACGACAGCCUUGACCAUCUCGAAA